AUAAUAAUAAUAAUAAAAAAAAAAUCAAAAUAAAAAGUAAAAUAAAAUAAUUUAAUUUUCGUUAAUACCGGUAUUAACGAUCAUACAUACUUUUAUACCUUUUAUACACACCUUUUUUCUCGUAUCAAAAAUGGGAGGAAAAGUUUCUUCAUAUAAAAAUAAAUCUUUUAACUGGACAAGACAACGAAAGAAACGUUCAGCUCUUUUCACAAGAUUUCUUAGUGUGCUUCUUUAUACAAAAAAUCAUGAUCUAAUUCCAAAUUCAAUACUUUUGGAUGAUAUUCCAUUUCCUACCAGUACAGAAAAUUGGACAGCCCGAGAAUAUAAUAUUUGGUCUUCAUUAUUAAACGUAUUAGAAAUUCGUUCUAAUUACGGUAAAAUAAACAAAGUUGAAUUAAAUGGAAAAAAUUAUAUUGAAUUGAAAUUUGUUAAUGAAAUUUAUGAUGGUGGAUUAAAUACUUUGAUCGAUUAUUUAAGAAAUGAUGAUUAUUAUUGGAAAAAAUCUCAAAAUGUUUUAGGAGAAAAUUUUCAAUCAAAUUUUAUUAUACCUAGAAGACCUUUAUCUCCUGUUUCUUUUUAUAGUGAUUAUUCUUUAGAUAUUUAUGAUAAUUUGGAUAUUCUUGAUGAUAUCAAUAAUGAUAUCAUUUCUUUUGAAAAAGUUGAUGAAUUAUUAAUUAGAUUUCAAUUACAAAAAGAUAAAUUUGGAAUGUUUAGUAAAGGGAAAAAUAAAUCUGUUAGUAAUAUUUGGAUUUGGAAAAAAUCAAAUAGAGAUAGUGGAAUUGGUGAAAUAUCGGUUAUAAAUUUUGAAAAUUAAAAAAAAAAACAAAAUUUUCGUUAUUAACCUUUUCACAAAUCUUUUUGAUUCUUUUAUAUCUUUAAUUGUAAUUAUAAUUUUUGUAUUUAGUAAAAAAAAAAAACAAUUUUUAUUUUUUUUUUGUAAAUUUUUAAUAAAUAAUA